AUGUUUUAUGGUACUAUAGCUGCCAUAACUUUCUUAAUUAGUGCUUUGACAAUAUUGGCGCAAUUAAUUUUAUUGCCAAUAUUUUUCAAACGCAUUGGUAUUAUAAGACAUGAUGUUGAGGAACGCAUGAAAUUGUUUAAGUUAUUAGCCGAUAUAGGCGAUAUGCAUCUUAUUGAGAAACGUCAAGUAUUGUUACGUAGGAAAAAAUCGAUAAAUGAUUGUCCAUCACCAGAACCUGGACCACCGGGACCGCCAGGAGAUCCAGGUGAGGAUGGAGAGCAAGGCGAUGAUGGAAUUGUCGGAUUACCAGGAAAAAGUACUCUUGAACUGUUGGAGGAAAUACAGCAACAAUGCAUUGUUUGUCCACAAGGAGAACGUGGACCUCCCGGAGCACCUGGUAAUCAAGGAAUACAAGGUCCGAAAGGUGAUCGAGGUAUUCCGGGAAUACCUGGAUCCGAUGGCCAAGAUGGUGAAAUUGGCGCGGAAGGUGCGGAAGGGUUCAAUGGAACAAGUGGAAUGAGAGGCCCAAAAGGACCAGAUGGAAAGCCUGCUACAGGUGGUGUUGGGGAACCGGGCCCAAAAGGACUACCUGGAUCAAUCGGCAGAACUGGACCGCAAGGUCCCCGAGGUAAACGAAACUAUGUGUAUGGACCUCCUGGAUUAGAUGGCAAGAAAGGCGUUAGGGGAAUGGAUGGUCUUCCCGGGAAUUUUGGUCCAAGAGGUAUUCGAGGAUCGAUUGGUGAACCCGGCUCUAAUGCAAUUUUCUGUCCAUGUCCAGUAGAAAUGGAAUUACUCGAUGCAAAACAAACAAAGAAACCACAAAAGCAACAACAGUUGACAGAAAUGAAGACGAAGAAGGAUGAAAAUUUUCAUAAAACUUCAACUCAUAUGCCAAUACCAAUUAAUAAUGCUCCAUCAUUAUCAUCAAUCAUCAAUAAUGUCGACCACAAUAUGCAAAAAUAUGCGAAUAAAAUUUCAAAUGUAAAAUCAAAGCAAUCAUUUAUUGUAUCAUCAAAUAUUCAACAUGAAAAUAUCCCACGUAAACAUCCUCAGAUCUCACCAUUGUCAACUGUAACUGAUUAUGAUGAAAUGCUACCGAAUGAUGAAGGUAAUUAUAAUAUGAAUAGGAAUAUUAAAAUUUCAGUCAGAACAGGUGAUAAUGAUGGUAUUGAUAACGAUAAGCCAUUAUUACACGAUGCGGAUAAUCAACUUGAAGAUAUAACGAUUGUUGAAAAUGAUCAUAGUUGGAAUGGAACAGAAAUUCAAAUCAACUUAUCAGCAUUACCACUGCAACAGGAACAUCAAUUAACAUCCAAAAUUCUUCCAGUUAUUAAUAAUCAAGAAAAUCAAGAUCAAAUAAUCGAUUUACCACAUAAAGAUGAAUUUUAUCCAAAAACUGAAGUUGGAAUUGGCGAGACUAAUAUCCAUCAACCACAAUAUCUUAACAAUAUUGCAAACUAUCUUCCACAAAAUCCUCGCAUGGUAGUUGGUAUUAAGGAUGGUGAAAAAAAACAAGAAAGCACAAUUAGUAUUACAGAAAACGAAGAGAUAAAAUUAAUGAUAGCAACAACAGUUCCAACAAUAACAAUAACUGCUACUACAACGACAACAACUACUACUACGCCAAGAAUAUUGAUAACUGGAUAUCCAGAUGAAACACACGAUUCAACUCGUCCACGAUUCAUUUACAUAACUAAACGUCCGAAAUCACUUUAA